AUGCAGGGCGCACCACUCCUCCUGUUUCGGCUCGUUUUUGCCUGCGCAUUCCUGCAAACCACGAAAUCAGUGGGUUUCCAGCUGGCUUGGGGAGCUGCAGACACCCCAUGGGGACCUCGUUCAUGUUUCAGGUUCUCUUUUUCACUUGAGCAGUACCACCACUGGCUUGUCAACAAACCAAAGACAUCCCCUUCGUCGGUACGCCUAGCCCCUCUAGGGGCCCGAGGGGCUCCGCUGGAUGCGGAGGAGUAUCUGCGGCUACGUAAUACAGUGCCAAAUCUGUCGGAAUUUCAGGGGGGACAGCAGCUGUUGCAGCAACAUGAAGAUGAACUGCUGCUCCACAAAGGCCCACUCGACGCAGCAGCAAAUUACCAAAGGAUUCGAGCACUGCGACAGAGAGCUGCACGACAACCGCGAAAAAAAGAAAUAAAGCUGAGUGCUCGGAUAGCUCAUGGGGAUUUGCAGCAGAAAGCACGUCAGGCGCGGCUCUUCCUCGAGGGGAAGCACCAGGUCAAAUUUACACUGCAGUUGCGUGGACGAGAAAGAUUGAACCCAGAAAACCACCUUCCACUGUUGCAACAACUACAGCAGCUGCUUUGCGACGUAGGACAACCGGCGGUAGUGCCCCAGGCUAAAGGUCCGUGCUCCGUCCUCACACUCUUCCUACAACCACGGAAGAGACAAGGAAAAGACAGGGAUCGGAAACAGCAACAACAACAGCAUGGAGAGGUCUAA